UGAUGGUGACAUAUUUUGUUGUUUACGUAUUGCCACCGACUUAAUGCGGUUUAUUUACAAAACUUGAAUGAUUUCCCCCUUCUUUCAGACACUGUGAAGAUAAAAAAUACGCUGAUUAGAAAUGAAUUACUGCACUGUGCGCUGUGCGUACGCUGUUGCGUGGCUAGAGCAAGUAUAUAUAAUACUGAGAGCGCGGUGGGCCAGUCAGUAGUUUAUGUAAUCGAGUGACAGAAGUUUCUUGAACGCACGGCGACAGUCGAUUGAAUCUAUUAUCGAUCUUUUCAUUCAAGUUAUACUUGGCAUCGAGUAAGAGAGAGAGAGAGAGUGAGAGGUCAAGUGUCAUCGAUAUUGUACAUAAUUGGAUUGUUGAUAUCAGCAGUUGUUAUAAAAGGGACAGAACGUUGUCGGCCGUUAUCACACAUUUUAUUAGCAGUGAAUUAGCAGCAUUAGACCACCAGCGAGCAAGCAAUCAUGAAGACCGAUCCAAUCACUUUCCGAGCCGCUUCUUCUCCCAUGAGGGCCGCCUACUCGCCGCUAACUCACUCCUUCUCUAACCUCAAAAUUGGAACACCAACUUUGGACGCCGCUAUUGCUACUAAUAAUUCAAAUUUUUACACCUAUGAAUUGCUGCAAAGCAUUGCUGAAUGGCUGAAGAAGAGGGUGGAUAUCAGACCAACUGUUGGAAUUAUCUGCGGUUCAGGGCUAGGAUCUCUUGCCGAUACACUAACUGAGAGAAACACAUUCCCGUACGAAAUCAUCCCCCACUUCCCGAAGUCGACGGUGCAUGGUCACGAGGGACAACUGGUGUUCGGAAAACUGAAGGGAGUGCCGGUUGUCUGCAUGCAGGGACGAUUCCACUACUACGAGGGAUAUCCUCUCUGGAAGUGCUCGAUGCCAAUUCGAGUGAUGAAGCUGAUUGGCGUGAACCAGCUGAUCGUGACAAACGCGGCGGGAGGUCUACACGCUGACUACCAGCCCGGCGACAUCAUGAUCAUGAAGGACCAUGUCAACCUCAUGGGCUUUGCUGGCAACAACCCUCUACAGGGUGUCAACGAAGAAAGAUUUGGACCUCGCUUUAUCGCCAUGAACCGAGCCUAUGACAAAGAGCUACGUGAUCACGCUAAGAAAAUCUCCAAGGACUUGGGAAUUGAAAGUUACGUCAGGGAAGGUGUAUACGCUGUACUGGGUGGACCCAACUUUGAAACCAUUGCUGAACUCAGGCUACUAAAAACCUGCGGGGUAGAUGCAGUUGGAAUGAGCACAGUGCACGAGGUGCUAACCGCCCACCACGCGGGAAUGAGGAUCUUCGCGUUCAGUCUAAUAUCGAACAAGUGUGUCACCGAUUACGACGACGAUUACGAAGUGAACCACGCCGAGGUCAUUGACACUGGCAAAAUGAGGGAGCCAAUCCUCAAGGAGCUCGUCACUCGGAUGGUCAUGAAGAUGUGCGAGACAGACAAUGAGAGCGAAUCGCUCAACAAUAUUGAUCCCGCUUCGUUUUUCGAACACUAAAGCCGAGCUUUCAAAAAUAAUUUGUAAAUAGUUUGACGUUUUUAGAUAGCUAUGAUCGCACUCGCAAUACAUUCAUGUUCGUUAGUCAUACUGUACACUUUGUUGCUGUAGUAGAAGAGUGUACACAUUUGAGGUGAAUAGACACAUUUACCUCAAGUUUGAGCUUGCCACCUAGUGGUAAAAUCAACUUCAAGUUCGCUACACUAAAUGCGCAUAAUUUUCUCGAUUUAACACACGGAUUCAUGGAUAAAUCAACGAAAAUUGAAAUCUUCCAAAUCUCAUUAAACUAAUAUUAUGGAAUUAUCUUUGGAUAUUCACAGAAAUAGGAAUUUUCCAAUCAUAAUCUUCAAAUAACAAAAACAACUUGGAUACUUCAAUAAAAGAAUUGUUAUUGUUUUAAAAUAACAAAACUAUAAACAUGCUAUCAAUAUUUAUAUUGCUAUAUGCUAUUGAAUAUUGAUUAAAAAUAGCAUAUUGUUGUUAGUGGAUUCGACAAUCAUUGUCAGUUAGCUAGACGUCACAUUCUGUAAAUAGUUCACAAGCCCAUCAAUAUUAUUCGACUUAAUCAGUCUUUUAAUCAUUUAUGUUUAUGAUAAUUAGGUAUAAUUUUCCAAUUAAGGAAUGAUUACAUUUUUCAAGUCGUAUUUGAAUUGACUUUGGCAGAACAAUUAUUAAUAUUAUUGAUUCAGAGAAUGAACCAAUCUCUACUUCUUAGAAAUUAUUUUUCGUAUCUAUGUAAAAUUAAUCAAAACCAUACUUAAAGUUGGUUUGGCAAAGCAAUAAUAAUUAAUGUUCUCACCAAAUAAAGCAAUCAUUCAAAUUGAAUUAUGCAGUCAUAGUCGAAUAAGUUACUAAUAAGAUAGUUAGGCAAAGUUUAAUUUUCUUGUUCAACAGUGAAACUAUUGAAUGAAGGACCAGUAUUACUUUGGAAAAGGGAAGUCGUCGUAUUAGAAAAUUAUAUUAAUUGAUGCAGAAAUGUUUUGUCUUCCUGAAACUUCUCAAGUCUAGAUGUUAUCUAUUUAUACUUUAAUGUUUUGCAAUUGAAAAAGUUUUUUAGUAUAGGUUUAAUGUACGAAUAGUUGAGAGCUCUCAUUAAACUACAGUGAGGUACUAUUUUUAAAAGAAAGCUUUUGAUAUCACACUUGAAGAUAUUGAAUAAUUAUUGUAUAUUUGUUGUAUUUAUUAAUAGUUUUCUAUUUUUUUCAUUGUAAAGAUUUUAUUUUAUACAAAUAAAUUGUUCACUUCAAAGCACUGAA